AGCUAACCCAAAAUAAGAGCACAUUUUCGGUGAAAGAAAGAAAAGAAAAAGGGGAGAGAGGAAGAGAGUAUUGAAAAUGGAGGCUAGGCCAUUGGCUUUCAUGGUUCUCGUGGUGGUAGCUGGAGUUGCAGCUACGUGGGAGGUUAAGAUGGCUGGUGCAGAACUCAGUGAUGCUCAAUGCAAGGAGGAAAGGAAUCUUGGGAUUAAUGCUUGCAAGCCGGUGGUCUACGGGAAGCUUCCAUCCCCGGAGUGCUGCCAGCGCGUAAGGGUUACCCAUCUAGAAUGCGUGUGUCCAGUGAUCAGCCCCCAGCUCGCUGCCCUCAUCGAUAUCAACCGCGCCGUCCGCCUCAUCGAAGGCUGCGGUAGACGGGUCCCUCGCCACUACAAGUGUGGAAGUAUCACAACUCCGUGAAAUUGGUCCAGCUUGGAUAUCCAUAUCUUUCUACUGUUAUGUUUGGAUCGAGGCGUCAGCCUUUCUAAAAGAAAAAUAAAAGAAUAAUGGAGUUUUCAGCAAUAUAUGUAACUGCUUGCAUAUUGGCUAGAAAUAUGUAAGACACAUAGGAUAUGAACUUGGUCAUCUCUUAAUAAUAUGUACUUUCAAUUAAUGUUUAAUGGAGCCAAUAUAUUAAAAUGA